UACAACACACCCGCCUUGUUUUGGACCGGGAGCAAGACGCAAAGUUGAGAUCGAUCUUCCAAAGCCUGCACCGUCCUUGAACGUCUGGGAUGUUCGCGCUGGAAGAGUCUCUACCCCAGCUCAACGUCUAUUCAACAGUGCUUAGACAGAACUAACAGGAUGGGGGGCGUAUUUUCUGGACCACAGACAUGCCAGUCAUAUACUGAUGCCACGGCUUUCCAGAUUAUUCACGACACAAUUACAAAAAACCGUGUUGUGAUCUUUUCCAAAACUACAUGCCCUUACUGUGAUAUUGUAAAGAACAUAUUUGCAGACCUGGGCAUACCCUACAAAGCAAUUGAAUUAGAUCUCCGGAGUGAUGGUGUGCAUCUCCAGUGUAUUCUUACUGAAAUGACUGGUAUAAAGACAGUUCCAAAGGUGUUUAUAAAUGGGACAUGCAUUGGUGGUGGUUCAGACACUGUUCUACUUCAUUCCAAGGGUAGACUGCUGGACAUGGUGAAUGAAUGUGGUCCAAACUCUGCCAUAGAAGGAGUCUGCAUCCUUCUUUAACAUCAAACAGAAGCUUUAUUCCCUGCUCACCAUUACUUGCGGAAUAAACAGGCAAAUUAAAAUGCAUCCAGUUAGACUGAUUAGCAAGAUUUAUUCUAAACACAGUAAUUGUUUAUGAUAAAUUACUUAAUUAUAAAAUCAAAUUAAACUUGCUUGGUAUGGA